GCACCACUCAGCUUGAGGCGUAAGAAAGGCAAAUCUUAUGCAUAUCCUAAUAUAUUUUGGAUAGCAAUUACACCAGCCACUUGUUACUUCUACCGAUCCUAGUUAAUUUUGUUCAACUUUGCGAAGAGAAGAACAAUUGUCCUUGCUGAUUAAUAAUCUCAUUUCAACAUGGCGGAGUUUGCGGAGUUUCUUUUUUGAUGAGAAAUCAUGCUCAAUUGCUUCAUGUAAGAAAGUACUUAGUAUAGCCUUUGACACCUACUGUCGAAGAAGAAACCUCAACCUCUCUUUCUGGUGUAUCUUCUGCUAUUAUUCCAUCUUGGGAGGAUGGAGUCGGGUUUGACCUGCCUUAUCUCCGAUUCGACUAUAUACUGAGGUGGGCCUGUUUACGGAGUUUAGCUUUAACUCAGAGCGUGUUAAAUACCUCCAACUUCUAGAUCACUUCCAUCAUACAACUGCACAUCACAAACUGCAAAUAAAAUGGCCAAGAUUGCAAUUGUCGGUGCUACUGGAGUUACGGGAGGGUCCAUUGUUGACGGCCUCUUGGAAUCUGAAACGCAAUUUGAAAUUACAGCUUUGGUACGACCAAGCUCAGUUGAAAAGCCGGCGACUAUCAGUCUCAAAGAAAAAGGUAUCAAGAUCGUGCCUAUUGAUCUUGGAGGAAGCCACGAUGAGCUGGUUGCUGCUCUCAGUGGCAUUGACACAGUCAUCUCGGCUAUUCAUUAUCAGUCACUUAGUGAUGAGAUUCCACUGUCCGACGCAGCUAAGCAAGCUGGCGUGAAGCGAUAUGUGCCAUGCUUCUUCGCUACCAUUGCCCCUCGCGGUGUAAUGGAGGUUCGCGAUAGAAAGGAGGAAAUCCUUGAUCACAUCCAGCGAAUCUAUCUUCCUUACACUGUAAUUGAUGUAGGUUGGUGGUACCAGAUCACCCUGCCCCGAGUCCCGUCCGGCAAGCUCGAUGAAAGCCUGACAUUCCCUAACAACAACAUCAUCGCGGGCGGCAACAACCCUUCUGCGCUCACGGAUGUUCGCGACAUCGGAAAAUACGUCGCAGCCAUCGUGAGCGACCCAAGAACGAUUAACAAGAGAGUAUUGGCAUAUACAGAGACCAAAACGCAGAAUGAGGUCCACAAAUUGGUUGAGAAAGUGAUUGGCGAGAAGCCAGAGCCUACCGAGUUGUCCAAGGAGCAGCUCGAAGAACAGCUAGCUCCGUUCAAGGGAUCCAAGGAACAUAAUCAAAUGCGUAGUAUCUACGAGUACUGGCUGUCUUGGGGUGUACGAGGCGACAACACGCCUGAAAAUGCCGUAUAUCUUGGGUAUGUUCUUGCCAAGGACCUGUAUCCUUCGCUGCAAGGUAGAAGUCUGGAGGAGUUCAUCCAGGAUGCUGCUGAAGGAAGGAUCAAGAAGGUUUACCAAAAUUAA